GCAGGGUCUGUCCUAGGCAGAUCCCAACGACGACCGAGAGCUGACCACGCCAGCCCCCUCCCUGUCCACCUGGCCAGUUCCCCACGUCCAACAGACUCAGAGACCCGCCUGCUGGCCCGAGACCGGCGCCCCGACGACAACGACGCUGCUCCGCCCGCCAUGGCCUGGCUCCUGACGCUCAGUGUCACCCUGGGUUGCAUCAGCCUCCUCUACCUGCGACUGCCCUGCGUGCUGUCGGGACUGGCACGGCCCAGGCAGACCCUAGCCCGGACUCCUUCCAGUGGCUCGCCACCCUGGCAACCUGCACCCCAGCCUAUGUUCUGGAAGCUUCACCAGGCUCCCCAGCCACAGAAGAAGGCUCCCCAGCCACAGAAGAGGGCCAGCCUGGCCCCCAUGGUGGGUCAGCCUCUCCAGCAUGGUGGCCCACGCCACUCACGUCUCCAGAGACACUUGGGACCCCGAAGGCCCCAUGCCCAGCUCCUAAGAGUCGGCUGUGUGCUGGGCACAUGCCAGGUACAGAACCUCAGCCAUCGUCUGUGGCAGCUCGUAGGGCCGGCCGGCCGGCGGAACUCAGCACCCGUGGACCCCAGCAGCCCACACAGCUAUGGCUGAAGUGCAUUCCGGCUGUGCUUCUUCCCAUCCUGUCCCAGCUGGUCGCCAUACCCUCAUCCCAGAGCUGCGGCUGAGGCCCCUACCCAGGCCCCAUCCUCCAGUGCUCCUACAGCCAGCAGGUCCCACGGCAACUCUAUCCACGCCUUGCUGGAGACAUAAACCCACUCUGUGCAGACAUAGUCAGUUUACAUGCAGCAUCUGCACCUGUAGAACUGUGCACACUCAAUGAGCAGUGUGGGGAAUGACUGCAGUAUCAGAUGCCAAAAGGGUUUCGGGGGAGGGUCCGUGCGGCAGGCAGAAAGGAAACCAGGGUCCUGAACGCAUAGGUCCAUCAGGACAGAGCGGGGCUGAACGGCCCCGUGUGGCUUCCUCCCAACCAUGGUCCC